UACCGCAGCGCUUGAUUUUGCGGUAAGGUUACUACUGUGUUGGGCUGGCGGAUAUUCGGAAUUUGAUUCCUGUUCAACGACUGACAACAACGCGUUGACGAAAUGGUCUUCACGGAGUACUGAUAACACCAAAUGUGUUCGAGGAAGGGACUUUUGUUGCUGGAAGCUUUGUGUCUGCUGUUUGUCGCUGACAACAGCUCGGUAGUUACCAGUCUAGUUGUGGCGGAACAGUCAGAGACCUGCACGCCUGAGGAAAACAGCAAUCAGAUUCAAUGUCUUCGUGAACUUCCUGCGGAUCGCUACGAGGUACUAGAGGGUGAGGAUGUCCAGUUGCGUUGCCGCGUAUCACAUCAACGUGGCAAAGCUCAAUGGAGAGCAGGAAACUUUUUACUUGGUAAGCAAAUGGUUUUCACAGUUUGGAACUUUAUGUAUUCUUUGGUGAUGUUUAGCAAUAAACCAUACCCAUAG